AUCAAUUUAAUAACAAUUCCCAUAGAAAUGGACGUAGAGGAGACCCAAACCGCCUCCAACACCGUAAGGUCCGAAAUCGCUAUACCCAAAGCGUCGGCUGCACCCGUUGCCGCUCCAAGGACCAGGGUUAUGCGACCACCGCCAUCCGCCGAAGCAGUCAGGGAGAUGAGAGAAGAGCAGCUAUUGGAGCCACAGGGGCCUCCAUGUUGCAGCCUGUGCCAUCGCCCACACGCCCUGAAACGAUGCUCCAUUUUUAAGAGCAUGCAGCCCGCUCAACGAAAACAGGUUGCAAGAGCCCAUGGGCAUUGCAUGACCUGCCAGGCAGAUGACCACGCCACCAUAGAGUGCUGGGCCGACGGCGCCUGUCAAUAUUGCCAGAGGCCCCAUCACACUCUAUUCCAUCGUUUUCCUCGCCGAGCCAAUCCGUCGGAAAGUAGCACCAACACACGUACCAGACCACGCAGUGAUGCUAUCCGGCGUCGACGAAGCAGCCAAUCAACCACAACGCGUACACUGCCAUCUCCGCCACGCCACGCUCAUCGUCAGCACCAACGACGUUCAACAGGGUUGAGCGCUGUACUCAGUACACUACAACAGCUGCAACGGCUCCUAGCCGAUUAAUUCGCCUAGGGGGGCCGGGAUGUUCACAUGAGCUAUGAGCGUUCUGCAGCAUCCCACAUCACAUCACCACACAUCACCACACAUCACAUCAUAUCACGUCACAAAACCUCAUCACACAACAGCUCACAGCAUACCCCAAUACACACACACGCAUCAAACACCGAUCACUACUACAACACUGCAACACAACAACCAUACGAUCAUCAACGAGACGACUCGUAAUGUUAGCCAAUAUUCACCACCCAAACCAUCAAAAGGGAUUGACCCGACCGGGAUUGGUCUCUUUUCCGUUCCAUCCGUACAGCAAGAAAUUCGUCCGUGAUAGUCAGUUGUCUUAAUUUAUUUAACCGCAGCCAUCACCGCAAUAUCCUUUCUUUUCAUCAAAUCGCCAAGUGACGUGAAGCAACAACAGUGUCCAACAGUGGAAUAUACACCAUAAAUACACCGAGUUGUAUACAAAGAACACAAGGUUCUACUGUGACAUAAUAAAGUGAAAUAAAUAUUUUAUAACGUGUGAAAACCAGGGCAUUUAUUUUCCAACUCAUAGGUAUACUAUAGAAAGUAAGUAUAUCAGACCACACGUUACCAACAGUGACGUGAGUGCCAAGUCGCGAGUGCGACGACUGUUUGUUUGAUGACAGGAGAUAUUUCGUCUUGCCCUCGUUCACUGCCAGACCCAUUUCUUUUGCUUCCUUGUCCAGUCUGGAGAAAGCAGAACUAACGGCGCGGGUGUUGAGGCCGAUUAUAUCAAUAUCAAUACGCCAGCAGUUGUACACUCUUAUAGAAGUUGGUACCUUCUCUGUUGAGUUCUGCAGCUCGAACUUUUUUCUCCAGAAGCAGGUUGAAAAAGUCGCACGAUAGGGAAUCGCCUUGUCUGAAACCUCGCUUGGUAUCGAACGGCUCGGAGAGGUCCUUCCCG